AUGGCCGACGCUGACAUAGCCACUGCAGUAAAGGGUGCCAAUCCGAUAUGGAAGUUCUUCGUUAAGAUCCCGCCAGGCCACGAAGCACAGUGUCUCAAGUGCCACGCCAUUCUUAAGACGCCUACGAGCACAACGACGACUCUGGCAAUGCACUUGAAGAGGCACCCAGACGACCUUGGGGAAUGCGAAAAGGAACGUUGCGCGCGGCAACGCGCGAAGUGUGCUGCGGUCGCUAAGCCUAAUCUUCAACAGCCUUCGGUCGCUGACCGUUUUAAGCCCAAAGUGAAGUCUACAACGCCGAAGGCCCAGAUGAUGACGAAGGCAAUUGCCGGAUUUGUGGUGCGCGGGAUGCACUCGUACAAUGUAGUGGAGGAGCCCGGCUUCCUUGCCGUAAUGGAAGCGGCUAUGCCCGAGUACGUCGUGCCAUCGAGGACAACGUUUUCUAGAACAAUAAUACCUGCCCUCUACGCUUUGAAGAAGCGAAGCUUCAUGGAAAACCUACAGGCGGUGAUUGACAGUGGAGUAGAGGCCAUUUCAAUAACGACGGACGGUUGGACAUCGCGUGCUAAUGAAAGCUACUUGUCGGUAACGUGCCACGUUAUGGACAGCUCAUUCCAGCAGCAUGUGCAUGCACUGGCAUGUACAGAAAUGGCCGAUGCUCACACAGCCGGAAACUUGGUGGUCUUUCUCAAGAGCGUGAUGAAGGAGUGGGCACUUCCCGAGCCAGGUACUGUACCAGUGUACAUUGUUACCGAUAACGGGAGAAAUUUCACUGCAGCAAUAGCUCAGUCGCCUUGGAUAGGCAUAAAACGUUUCGGGCACACGCUGCAGUUGUGCGUGAGUGAUGUCAAGCGGGAGGUACAUGGAUUUUCUCAACUGUGCGCUAAGGCCAGGGCUAUCGUUGGCCGCUAUAUGAAAAGCCCAAAGGCUCGGGCGCGCCUUAUGGAAAUACAAAGGGAAAUGAAGCUGGAUGUCCUCGAAGUGGUCCAAGAUGUUCCGACGCGUCGGAAUAGCGAGCAUCAGAUGACGUCCAGGCUGCUCAAGCUUCGCAAACCGAUCAUCGUUGAGCUUUUGGAGUGUGAUGGGGUUGAUAACCUCACUGCACCUGAAUGGAAGCUGAUGACUGCUGUUGUGAAGGUGCUUGAUCCACUUGCCCAAGCCACGACAGAGCUAUCUGGGGACAAAUAUCCCACGUUGUCCCAAGUCAUUCCUUUGCUCGAGUGCACUAGCAUUGUGCUAGCUCGAUACGCAGCUCAGUCAGAUGAGUCAUCGGCAAUUGCUUUAAGCCUGGCACGUAGCAUCAAGGCAAGGUUUCCUGGUGUGAAGACAUCAGAAGAGACAGCUCUAGCGAUGUUGCUGGAUCCAAGAUUUAAGGAUGCCUGUUAUACGGCAAGGGCUGAGAAGAAAUAG